AUGGCAUAUGGAGAUGAGAAUGCCGAUAAGGCAAGGACGGAUAAUGAGAAAAAUAACAAGAAACGGAAGAAGGAUUCGAAGCCCGUCCAGCCACCGUCGUCGUUCGCGCCCGUCGCCCAGCCUGUCGCCGUUCAGUCCAUCGUCGUCAUCGUCGUCGCCGUUCACUGCUUUGCCGAAGUUCCUGGUUGUGGAUCUGGUUUUUGGGGGUUUAGAUUGGGUUUUUUCAAAACCCGAUCUACUCUUCCACGCCGACCCAUCCACCAAUCGAGGCCUUCCACCAUCCUCCCUGUCCUCCUAGCUCCCCUUUUCCGCCAGCCGAUCCUCGUUCAGUCCACCGCUUGCCGGUGCCCGAUCUGUUCUUCGGCUGUAUUGUUUUUUGUGGUUUUUUAUCUCUCUGCCAUGACUUGGUUUGAUUUUGAGGAGGAGAUUGAUGUUGGUGGUCGUCCUAUACCGGCUUCCUUUUGGUUCUAUGCAGUGCCUACUCUGCAACAACUAUUUAACAGUGGUUGUUGUUUUACCCGCAAUGAUCUCUUCACGGAGUUUAUUUGCAAUUUACACCGCCUUGUGCGGUCCUGGAAUAGGCCCGGCUUGCUUAUGAUUCUUUUGGGAUCAUUGAGAAGCCUUUCUUUUCCAAAGGAGGAAAUUAUGAAUCCUAUGGGAGUCAUCUCUGAGGGAGAUCAAUGGGGCUCUUUUAGUGGCACUUAUGCUGCUGAUGAGGCUGACUUUAUGGCGCUGCUGCUUAAUAAUGCUUCGCUUCCAAGUGAGCUAACUCAUGGGGAUCAUUUCCCUUCUAGUAGUACUUUUUGGCUUGGCCAUGAUUCAUCAUACCAUUCUUCUGAUCAUGUGGCUAAUACUAAUUUUCAUGGCUUUUCAAGCCAACAAAGCUACUACUUGAGUGAUUCCCAUCCAAUUUUUGUAUCCAAUAACAUGGAUUUGUGCAUGGGGGACGAGAAAAGCACCAACUCCUUUCUCAUCGAAGGGGAUCAUGACUUCUUGAGCCAAGAGAAGAGUGAUGGCAAUAUUGCAGAAGAGUCUUCUGGAGAUGUUCCUGCAGCUGCUCUUCCUAAGAAGGAUUUGCAGCUCAAAAGGAAAUCUGAGAUGCUCAUUUCAGAAUCAAUCCAGGAAGAUAAGUCUGACAACCCACCUGAGAAUUCUAAGAAAAGAUCAAGGAGUUCUGGAGAUGUUCAGAAGAACAAGAGGAAUGUAAGAUCGAAAAAGAAUCAGAAAACAAGCAACAAUGAAGAAGAAAGUAUUAGUGCUGGCCUUAAUGGGCGGGGCUGGAGCAGCUGCUCCUCUGAGGAUGACUGCAACACUUCACGUUCGAGUGUGAAAGGGCCUACUUCUCAUGACUUGAAUGGGAAGAAAAGAGCCAGUAGGGGGUCAGCCACUGACCCCCAGAGCCUCUAUGCAAGGAAAAGAAGAGAGAGAAUAAAUGAGAGGCUGAGAAUUCUACAGAACCUCAUCCCUAAUGGAACAAAAGUUGAUAUUAGCACAAUGCUUGAGGAAGCUGUCCAAUAUGUGAAGUUUUUACAGCUCCAAAUUAAGCUAUUGAGCUCUGAUGAUCUAUGGAUGUAUUCUCCCAUUGCUUACAAUGGAAUGGACAUUGGACUACUUGAUCUGAAAAUCAACCCACCCAGACAAUCUUCAUAGGAUAAAAGAAUGGGGUGAUGAGCA